AUGGCACCCCAAGACACAUUCAUCGACGAGGAGGAUGAUACAUGCCCGUUAUGUAUCGAGGAGUUCGACCUCUCAGAUCGGAAUUUCCGACCAUGCCCUUGCGGCUACCAGGUGUGCCAGUUCUGCUUCAAUAAUAUCAAGAACAACAUGAACGGCCUGUGUCCUGCAUGCCGAAGACCUUAUGACGAGAAGACAAUCCAGUGGAAGGUUGUCACUACGGAAGAGGUCGCCGAGUUCCGAGCAAACAUCCAGAAGAACCAGAAGAAGCGAGCUGUGGAACAAAAGCAAAAGGAGGUUCAGAAGCGCGAGGUUGAGAAGGAAAACCGCAAAAACCUUAUUGGCGUCCGGGUCGUUCAGAAGAACCUGGUUUACGUGACCGGUCUGACACCUACAGUGCGAGAGGACGAAUUACUCAAGACGCUUCGCAAGCCCGAAUUCUUCGGUCAAUACGGCAACAUUCUGAAAAUCUCGAUUAGCAGUCGGAAGAGCCAGGACGGCCAACACCAGUCUCUCGGAAUUUAUGUGACUUUCGAGAAGAAGGAAGACGCCCAACGUUGCAUCCAGGCUGUCAACGGUUCUCAGAAUGGCGAUCGCGUUCUCAGAGCUCAGCUCGGUACUACCAAGUACUGCUCGGCCUGGCUGCGGCACGAGCAGUGCACCAACAGGCAGUGCAUGUUCUUGCAUGAGCUGGGUGACGAGGAAGACAGCUACACUAGACAGGAUCUAUCCUCGAUGAACAGCAUCAGCUCUCAGCGGCCCCUCCCGGGAGGUGGUUCCUCCAGCAGUGGAGGCGGACCGUCUCGCACCGCUUCUCGACAACAGAACACCGCACCGCCUGCGGCUCCCGCUUCUCAACCGAUGGCACGAUCGUCAAGCAAGGACGGCUCCGAGAAUGGCGGCGACGGACCAGCUCUGCCUGCCUCUGCCAACUGGGCAAGAAAUCCUCAGCGCAGUCGCCGGGGAAGCCACGCCACUAGUGGCGCCGCUUCAAGCCCUGCAAUCUCGACAGCUCUUCCCGUUACCACCGAGGCAGUACCCGAGGCCAUCGACGAAACCCCCUCGAGAAAGGAAACCCCCGCACCCCCGACCGAGACCAAGGCCCCGAAGCCGGCCGCUCCUGCUGACAACCGAAAGUCCAACAGCCUUCCAGAGAAUCUGCUCAGACAGUUGCUCAAGGCUAUGCAGGGCUGUCCUUUCUCAUACCAUGCGCCGGAUACGAACCAGCUCGAGACGAUUUACCCUCCCAUGUUCGACACCCGCGGAGGCGAGAAGAGAAGAGCCAUGCGCGAAGAAGAGGAAUCACGCCUCGGCGUAGACCAGGAGCAACAAAGCGAACCCCAGGAGGCCUCGGAAGGCGAGCCGGAGACUGGAGGCAGUCUGGCGCUCGGUGGCGAGCCCGAAGACCGAGACGUUGCUCGCGACGUCGUCUUCGAGCAGCGUAGACCUGGCACCCAGCCUCCCAUCCAGCGCAACAACAACGAUGGUCCUUUCGGUCCCGCACUUGGCUCUGGAUUCGGUCAAGCUUCCGUGUCUGCUAGCUCUGUUGGUGGCAGCCGUUCCAUGACACCUCAACAACAGCUCUUCGUUAGAUCUCAGAGCGGCUUUGGCGAUCACCUGCCUCCAGGCAUUCCAACUGCGCAGCCUUCUGCGGUACAGCAACAAGGUGGCGGCCACAACAGACAAGGAUCUAGGUUCAGCUUUGCUAAUGACACCGCCGGCACUUCAGCUUCAGUCAAGGUUGCCGCCAACCCAAGAAUCAUGGCUCAACAGACGGCCAUGAUGCCUUCCGCUUUCCACUCGCAGCCCGGCAGCCAGUAUUAUGCAUCCUCCAUGCCCGGACCUCCUCCAGGUCUCAAGUCGACAGGAACUCCCCCGAAUAUGUUUGGACAGGGCCAGUUCGGUGGCGCCUUUGGUGCGACUUCCAAGGAUUCCGCCGAGCUUCUCCAGACGUUGAUCCGGGGUCGGGGAACCAAUGGACAGGGUCAUGAUGCUGGUAAGCGUGAGUACAUGUUAUCUUCUUUCUCUAAUCAGUACCCAUCCUCUACCUCCUCCACCCCAGCUCCUGCUUCGGGCCUCCUGGCGUCGCUCUACGGUAAUCAGCCUGGAGCAUUCCAAGACUUCGGUCCCAAGCAGAAGAAGAAGGGGAAGAAGCACAGACAUGCUAACACUUCCUCCUCUGGAGGAGGUGGCCUAGUUGAUCUUGCGGACCCGAGUAUCCUGCAAGCGAGAAUGCAACACCAGUCGCAGAGCAACGCCGGAGUCGGACAGGGACUGUUCGGUGGACAGAGCCAAGGUGGGUACAACCCGAACAUGAUGUACAAUACGCGUUUCCCAGGCGCAGGCUGGUAG